AUAAAGAUAUUUUAGCCUCCUCUCUCUAAAGGAUCAAAACAAAGCAAAAUAAUUUUUUCAACAACUAAGUAAAAAUAUGGGAGCAUGCGUUUCGCUCUGUUUAUCAGUGGAUUCCAAAAACGAGAAUCUCGUGAUCUCCUCGCCGGUCAAACAGAGCUCCUUCGCGGUCAACGGCCGGGAUCAUUCCGCCGCCGUGUUGGCCGUCACAGCAAGCCUCUCUCUUCCCGGUUCCCGCGGCGGAGGUAGCAAGGAUGAUGCGUUCUUCGACUCACAACCCUGGUUGGAAUCGGAUUGUGAAGAUGAGUUUUUAAGUGUCAAUGGUGAUUUCACCCCAUCUCGCGGAAGCACUCCUGUCCACCACAGAUUCUCUUCGGGGAAUCCAGCGGUGAAUAAGCCCCAACCCGUACCUGAGCCUUUACCAGAGCCUUUACAAGAGAGCUUACGCCACCAGCAAGGGGGAGACAAGGAGGAUGAAGCCAGCGAGGAGAGCGUGGUUGCUGGAAACGAAGAAAGGAGCGGAAGAACUGGGAAUGAAGAAGCAGUGACAGAGGAGCAGUCGGUGCAGUGUUGCAUUCCCAGGUUGCGUUCAAGACGACCCUCAGCGACAGCACGGGUCGAGAAAGUUUAGACACCAUUAACAUGGUGAGAUACAGUUCACUCAGUUAUAAGUUAUAGCAAUGUGGAUGAACAAGCAAAGUACAUAUUCGACAAUCCUAUUACCUAAAUUUUGUGCAAAGGGGCAUUAAGUUCCUGAGAAUAGUAUUUACACCCCGAAUUUCGGUUUCAAGGUUAAGGUUAUUUGGUUAUUCACGUAA